GCGUUUGAAAAGCUCACUCGGGUUAUUAUUUUUUCCACAAGUUGUGUGUUUUAAAAUUGUGAAAAAAAUUGUUUUCGAUAAAAAAUGACGAUGGAAAAUGUAAAAUUGUCAGUUGAUAGCUUUGGAAGCGUUAAGGAUCUUGUUACGAAUGAGGAUAAGGAAGUUAAACGUUUUACGUGGACAAAUGAAAAAAAUCAUGUUUCAGUUCAGAUAAUCUCAUAUGGUGCCAUGAUAACAAGCUGUAAAUUACCAUCAAAAACAGGAGAAAUUGUUGAUAUCGCUCUUGGAUUCGACAGCAUUGAAGGAUACUUAAAGGACAAUAACUCUGCAUACAUUGGAAGUCUCAUGGGUCGUGUGGCAAACCGAAUUGGAAACGGUGAAUUUGAACUAAAUGGAGUAAAAUAUAAUUUGGCAAAGAAUUUCCUCGGAAAGCAUAACUUGCAUGGUGGCUUGAAUGGCUUUGACAAAUUCAAUUGGGACUCAUAUGUUGAUGGAAAUGUUGUAUAUUUAACCCAUGUCUCGCCGGAUAUGUAUGAGGGAUUUCCCGGAACUUUACUUGUAACAGCUGCUUGUUCACUAUCGGACGACAACUCAUUCACAAUGAAAUUAACUGCCGUAUCUAGCAAGCCGACUCCAAUCAAUUUAUCUAAUCAUUCGUAUUUCAAUCUCGCUGGUCAUGAUGCUGGAUUUAUAGAGCUUUAUAAACAUAAGUUGACCAUUAAUGCUGAUAAAGUGCUAAAAAUAGACACUGAGCAAAUUCCAACGGGAGACUUUUUAGAUGUUGGCGGUUCAGAAUUUGAUUUUCGUGUACCACAAGAAUUGGGUGAUGCAAUUAAAAAGACAUCCAAUAAUGGAUAUGAUAACAACUUUUGCAUCACAUCCGGAUCAUCACAAUCAUUGGCAUUUGUUGCGAGAGUCUUGCAUGAGAAAUCAGGCCGAUUUAUGGAAGUCUAUAGUGAUCAGCCAAGUGUAUUGUUCUAUACAUCAAAUAAUCUCCCAAAUCCAUGCAAUAAUAUAAAUCCAUCAUUAUCAGAAGAUACUUGCGAGGAGGGUUCAUCUGUUGUUGGCAAGAAUGGAGCACAAUAUAAAAAGCAUGGAGGAUUUUGUUUAGAAACUCAAAAAUAUGCUGAUGCUGUACAUCAUGAAAAUUUUCCAUCAAUCAUUCUAGUUCCUGGUAAAGUAUAUGAGCAUGAGACCGUUUAUAAAUUUGGCAUUUAUGAGGGAAAUUGAAAACAAUUGAAUAGAACGAGCGCUUUAUUAUGUUCAGUACGUGUAUCCAAUUUUAUGACGGUGUAAAUCAAUAAAAAUUAAAUCAGUUAUCUCUGCUGUCG